AUUUUGUGGAGAAGAGAAAACAACACUCUUUCCCUUCUCUAAAAUUUAAACACUAAAAUAAAAAAUAAAUAUUUUUUUAGAAAACAAAGAAGGAGGAGGAGAGGGGAGAGUUUUUGCUAAAGGAAGAGCCGGGUUUAUGACGGGGAAUGAGAUUCCGGCGUUGAGGUGGUGCUAACGUGACAGUAGUGGUGAUGGAGGAAGAUGACUGCUGAAUAGAAUUCUCAUUCGAUGCAGGAAUUCCAAUGUCCCGAACAGCAGCAGCGGUGGCAGCAGCGGCGGCGGUGGCUGUGACUGAAGGAACCUCGCUUUCACUAUCGUUGAAUCAAGAUGAUAUGUGGCAAAUGAACUUGAGAUCCAGUGAAAUGAUGGAAUCUGGUCCCUACCCUGAGCGACCUGGGGAACCAGAUUGUUCUUAUUAUAUCAGGACAGGUCUUUGUAGAUUUGGGGCAACCUGUCGUUUUAAUCAUCCUCCUAACCGAAAGCUGGCUAUUGCCGCUGCAAGGAUGAAAGGAGAGUUUCCAGAAAGAUUAGGACAACCUGAAUGUCAGUACUACCUGAAAACAGGAACUUGCAAAUUUGGAGCUACAUGCAAGUUUCAUCAUCCUAGAGACAAAGUUGGGAUAUCUGGGAGAGUUUCCUUGAAUAUUUUGGGCUAUCCUCUUCGCCCGGAUGAGACUGAGUGUGCUUAUUAUCUAAGAACUGGACAAUGCAAGUUCGGGAGCACUUGUAAAUUCCACCAUCCUCAACCAACUAAUAUGAUGGUUUCAUUGCGUGGCUCUCCUAUUUAUCCGACUGUCCCUUCUCCAACCACUCCUGGUCAACAGUCAUAUCCAGGAGGCAUUACAAAUUGGUCCAGAGCAUCUUUCAUUCCCAGCCCCCGUUGGCAAGGUCCUUCAAGCUAUGCAUCCUUGAUUUUACAAGGGAUGGUAUCAGUUCCAGGCUGGAAUGCUUACAGCGGUCAACUGGCAUCAGUCUCUUCUUCAGAGAACGUGCAGCAGACAAAUGGAAAUAAUCAAAUCUAUGGAACAUCACGCCACAAUGAAUCAGCAACUGCAGGAUCUCAAGCAUCCUUUUCUCAAUUACGUUCUGGCUCUGUCCCUGUAGGUUUUUAUGCAUUGCAGAGGGAGAAUGUAUUUCCGGAGAGACCUGACCAACCAGAGUGCCAGUUUUACAUGAAGACUGGAGAUUGUAAAUUUGGUGCGGUUUGUAGGUUUCAUCAUCCAAGAGAGAGAGUUCUUCCUGCCCCUGAUUGCUUGCUAAGUCCUAUAGGCCUUCCUUUACGUCCAGGCGAACCUCUAUGCAUUUUCUAUUCUCGAUAUGGAAUUUGCAAGUUUGGUCCAAGUUGCAAGUUUAACCAUCCCAUGGGAAUUUUCACGUAUAAUUACUCCGCAUCAUCUCCAUCUGCUGCCCCUGUUCGCCAUUUCUUGGGGUCUUCUUCAGGAACUGCUGGGUUAAACCUGUCAUCAGAGGGGCUUGUUGAAGCAGGCUCUACAAAGCCCAGGCGAGUUUCACUGUCAGAGAAUAGGCAGUUGUCUUCCAGUGAUGAUAAUAUUGAUACAGAGGGAUAAAUACUUGAAUAAGAUAUGGGCAGAUUACAUUUGACAAUCUUUUGGUGGAUGAGGAAGAGUAAUCUGUAAAUUCAUUUCCCAUUGCUGGAGAUGUACAGAGUUCAUGUUAAGUUGAUUCUGUUCUUUUAAAAUAUGCAAUUCACUCUUCUUUUAAAAUAUGCAAUUCAGUCGAUAGUUGCAUCUUCUGAAUUUCAUAUUCCUGCAUUGUAUUAAUCUGAAAAUGAUGUCACAUUUGGUAAAACCCAAUGUGAACAGUUCAUCACCAAAGCUCUUUUUUCUUUCUGAUUUUUGUGUUAUAUUUCGUUCACAGUAUGCUGUAGGAGGCUUUCUUUUUUUCUUUUUUUUUUUUGCAUUUUUUAAGCCUCUACCUAGUUUUCUGGUGAAUCUUCAUCUAGCUGCUCUGUUUAAGAUUUCCAGUCUAGGCCCAGGCUUUCAAAUACUGGCUGAGUAAUUUUCUGCCACCCUGCUUUUUUCAUACAACAUAGCUUCACCAUUCAUAUCUUACUUCUUCAUCCUGUUCUCCAUUUUCUUCUUGGUCCUCACAGCUGCAGACAUUUCCUAACAUCAGCGUUGUUUCUUCAGCCAUAUGUGAGAGAAAUUGUCAACCAGAAGUAUAAAGGAGUACACAUUCAAUUCUCCUGCAAAAAGAAGUGGAACAGUACUCUUCUAUUUUCUUGUUAGAUGAAUUCUUUGAACUCUUCAAAGCUCCUGGAGAUCUUACGUCAUGAUAAAUUAUUCAUUGAAGAUAAACUUAAGGUUUUUGAAAAUGACAGGGAUCUUCAGAAUUUUACUCAAUAAGAUUCCAGAUUUCUAUUAAAUGUCCUUGCAAAAUCGUAUCAGGUACAACAAUUCCCAUCAUGCAAAGUUGUGUUUCUGUUCUUUUUUUUUUUUUUAUUGAAUGAGAAAUAAGAUAUGGAAUUAUUGGAAAUUUUCCUGGUUUAAGAUGUAAGAAGGUUUUACCUUCUUUUGGCCUGUCAGUUUUGCUUAAUGCCAACUUUAGAUGUGUCCUCAUGAUUCCUUAUUCCUAUGCCUCUUGGCAUUCAUGACUGAUUCAGUAUAAUAAUGUCUGCUGGUUCUCUCUGGAAAGUUUGGUUGCUUUACUCUGAACUUUGGCAUUGCUUAUUGCAUACGGAGAAAAAGUGGGGAAAAGAAUGGGGGGCGGGGUGAGCGAAUUGGAUAAAGAAAGAACUCUAGGUUUGGGACCUUGCAUUUUCUUGCAUUUUCUGUUAAUCAACAUGAUGUCGAAUUAAGUUUAUCAAUGUUUUUAGGUUGUUGUUGCUUGUUUUGUGUUUCAUCGCAACUUUGAUAUUUUAGUUUGUACUUACAAACAGAGAUAUUAAAGGAUAUUGAAUGUUUUAGAUGCUUAUAUAUAU